AUGGACAACAUAGAACCAUCUUCUAGUGGAAACAUCCAAGCUGAGACGGAAGCAAAGAAGGAUGAGAAGAAAAAGAUGAAGAAAGAAUCAGUGUCCUUGAUGGGUUUGUUUAGCGCAGCGGAUAAACUUGAUUACUUCCUGAUGUUGCUUGGUGGUUUAGGCGCCUGUAUUCAUGGCGCUACACUUCCUCUCUUCUUCGUCUUCUUUGGCAAAAUGCUAGAUUCUCUUGGAAACCUUUCUACAGAUCCUAAAACCAUAUCUUCUCGUGUUUCACAGAACGCUCUGUACUUGGUCUACUUAGGACUGGUCAAUCUGGUAUCAGCUUGGAUAGGAGUUUCUUGUUGGAUGCAAACAGGGGAAAGACAAACAGCGCGAUUACGUAUAAACUAUCUCAAAUCAAUCUUAGCAAAAGAUAUUACUUUCUUUGAUACAGAAGCUAGAGAUUCAAAUCUCAUUUAUCACAUCUCAAGUGACGCAAUCUUGGUUCAAGAUGCAAUUGGCGAUAAGACAGACCAUGUUUUGCGUUAUUUAUCUCAGUUCAUCGCAGGAUUUGUCAUCGGUUUUUUGUCGGUAUGGCAACUAACGCUGCUCACGUUAGCAGUGGUUCCAUUGAUAGCAAUUGCAGGAGGAGGAUAUGCCAUAAUCAUGUCCACAAUCUCAGAGAAGAGUGAAGCUGCUUAUGCUGAUGCAGGCAAAGUCGCAGAAGAGGUUAUGUCACAGGUGAGAACAGUGUAUGCAUUUGUAGGAGAAGAGAAAGCUGUAAAAUCUUACUCAAAGUCUCUCAAGAAAGCUCUGAAACUUGGUAAAAGGAGUGGUCUUGCUAAAGGCUUAGGGGUUGGAUUAACAUAUAGCCUCUUAUUCUGUGCUUGGGCUCUGCUUUUGUGGUAUGCAAGUCUUCUUGUACGCCACGGUAAAACCAACGGUGGAAAAGCCUUCACAACGAUCCUCAAUGUCAUUUUCAGCGGAUUCGCCUUAGGUCAGGCCGCACCAAGCUUAUCCGCUAUUACCAAAGGAAGAGUUGCUGCUGCAAAUAUAUUCAGAAUGAUAGGGAACAACGAUCUUGAUAGGUCUGAGAGAUUAGAAAUUGGAACAACAUUGGAAAAUGUAGCUGGGAAGAUUGAGUUUCAUCAAGUGUCUUUCGCAUACCCUUCUAGACCAAACAUGGUUUUUGAGAAUCUUAGUUUCACAAUACGUUCAGGCAAGACUUUUGCAUUUGUUGGUCCAAGUGGUUCAGGGAAAAGCACAAUCAUAUCAAUGGUGCAGCGUUUCUAUGAACCUACCUCAGGGGAAAUUCUCUUGGAUGGAAAUGACAUCAAGAGCUUGAAACUCAAGUGGUUAAGAGAACAGAUGGGAUUAGUGAGUCAAGAACAGGCUUUAUUCUCCACAACUAUAGCUUCCAACAUUCUUCUUGGUAAAGAGAAUGCAACUAUGGUUCAGAUCAUAGAAGCUGCUAAAGCAGCUAAUGCAGAUUCUUUUAUUAAAUCAUUACCCAAUGGUUACAGUACUCAGGUUGGAGAAGGAGGAACUCAGCUCUCAGGAGGACAGAAACAAAGGCUUGCAAUUGCUCGAGCGGUUCUAAGAAACCCGAAGAUAUUACUUUUAGAUGAAGCAACAAGCGCGCUUGAUGCCGAAUCAGAGAAGAUUGUUCAGCAAGCACUUGACAACAUUAUGGACAAGAGAACAACAAUUGUCGUUGCACAUAGAUUAUCCACCGUUCGAAAUGUUGACAAGAUUGUUGUACUGAGAAAUGGCCAGGUAAUGGAAACUGGUAGCCACUCAGAACUUAUAUCAAGAGGAGGAGAAUACGCAACUCUUGUGAAUUGCCAAGAGACCGAACCUCAAGAGAACUCGAGAUCAAUUAUGUCUGAAACUUGUAAAUCACAAGAUGGAUCUUUUAGUUCAAGAAGAGUAUCUAGCUCAAGGAGGACUUCAAGCUUCAGGGAAGACCAAGAGAAGACUAAAGCAGGUUCAACCGGGGAAGAUUUAGGCUCAUCUUCGAUGAUAUGGGAACUGAUAAAGCUGAAUGCUCCAGAGUGGCCUUAUGCAUUACUUGGCUCAAUCGGUGCAGUUCUUGCUGGAGCACAAACUCCAUUGUUCUCUAUGGGGAUUGCUUAUGUGCUAACUGCAUUUUAUUCGCCUUCUCCUAGUUUGAUAAAGCACGAUGUAGAAAAAGUAGCUCUUAUCUUUGUUGGAGCUGGAAUAGCAACAGCUCCUAUAUAUCUCCUCCAACAUUACUUCUAUACACUUAUGGGAGAGCGUCUUACUUCUCGGGUUCGCUUAUCAUUGUUUUCAGCGAUUCUUUCGAAUGAGAUUGGGUGGUUUGAUUUGGAUGAGAACAACACUGGCUCACUCACUUCAAUCUUAGCUGCUGAUGCAACUUUGGUGAGAAGUUCUCUAGCGGAUCGUCUCUCGACAAUAGUCCAAAACCUAUCUCUUACAAUCACAGCAUUAGCACUUGCAUUCUACUAUAGUUGGCGUGUUGCUGCUAUUGUAACAGCUUGUUUCCCUCUUCUCAUUGCCGCUUCACUUACAGAGCAACUAUUUCUAAAAGGCUUUGGAGGAGACUACACAAGGGCUUAUUCUAAAGCAACUUCAGUGGCGCGUGAAGCGAUUGCAAAUAUAAGAACUGUCGCUGCGUUUGGUGCUGAAAAGCAAAUCUCAGAACAGUUUACCAGUGAGCUAAGUAAGCCCACCAAGAAUGCCUUUGUAAGAGGUCAUAUCUCUGGAUUUGGAUACGGUUUGACUCAGUUUCUCGCGUUCUGUUCUUACGCUCUUGGUCUCUGGUACGUAUCGGUUUUGAUUAAGCACAAGGAGACGAAUUUUGGGGAAAGUAUCAAAUCCUUCAUGGUGUUGAUCGUCACAGCUUUUUCAGUUUCUGAAACGCUUGCUUUGACCCCAGAUAUCGUGAAAGGCACGCAAGCACUUGGGUCGGUUUUUAGGGUUUUACAUAGAGAGACUGAGAUACCUCCAAACCAAUCUAACUCGAGAAUGGUCACUCAUAUCAAAGGAGAUAUAGAGUUUAGACAUGUGAGCUUUGCGUAUCCCACGAGACCUGAAAUCAACAUUUUUCAAAAUCUAAACCUCCGAGUUUCAGCGGGGAAGAGUCUUGCGGUCGUGGGACCUAGUGGCUCAGGCAAGAGCACGGUGAUCGCUCUGAUCAUGAGAUUCUACGAUCCGGACAACGGAAAUCUCUGCAUCGAUGGGCAAGACAUAAAAACCCUAAACCUACUUAGCUUGCGCAAGAAGAUAGCGUUAGUCCAACAAGAACCGGCUCUGUUUUCAACAACCAUACACGAGAACAUAAAAUAUGGGAACGAGAAGGCAUCAGAGGCAGAGAUUAUCGAAGCAGCAAAAGCCGCGAACGCACACGAGUUUAUAAGCAGGAUGGAAGAAGGGUACAAGACGCACGUAGGUGAUAAAGGGGUUCAAUUAUCAGGUGGUCAAAAACAGAGAGUAGCUAUCGCGAGGGCAGUUCUAAAGGAUCCUUCAGUGCUUCUCCUUGACGAGGCAACAAGUGCUUUAGACACGAGCUCAGAGAAACUAGUCCAAGAAGCGCUAGACAAGCUGAUGAAGGGACGAACAACUGUAUUAGUGGCUCAUAGGCUCUCGACCAUAAGAAAAGCAGACACGAUCGCCGUUUUGCAUAGGGGAAGAGUUGUGGAGAAAGGAAGCCAUAGAGAACUUGUUUCCAUACCUAAUGGGUUUUAUAAGCAAUUGACUAGUCUUCAAGAAGUGGUGUGA